AUGCUGUUGCGCGACUUCGUCGACCUAAUGACCCGCGAUUCACCUCGACUCUCUGCAACCCUGAGUGUGGCAGACUUUGUUCGGUUUGUUUCCCUCGCCGGCGAAGUCCAACAUCGUGCGGGACAAAGCGUACGGUUGACACCCAAUCGAAACACUCUCCUACCUUUCCUCAAACUGGCGCUCUCACCUCAUUACCCACAUGACCUGUUGCCUGACUUAUGGCGGCUGUCCUUCCCCCUGUUGGACGCCUCCCGAAUCAACACCUCAGCUGCUAUCCGGGAUUUCGGUCUACACCCUGAGCUUUUGGGUACCAAAAUGCCCGAACGAUUUUUACGUGCACCAAUGUCUCACUGUACCCUAUGCUCGCGUGACCACUCUUUUGCGUUACACGUCCACUCGUGUCUUGACGGCUACCUUUACGAUAUUGAUGGCGUCCAUGCAAUUCAAACAGUGAUACUCUGUUGUUCAAACAAAGCAUGUGGAACCUUCUAUAGACCCAGUUAUUACACUCGAGACGACCUACGAAUCUACUACUCACAGGAAAUGGCUCGCAAUACGACUUUCCUCCACAUCCACUGUCAUUACUACAUGACAACCCGUAUGUCUUACAUGCUUCGGGUGCUUCAGAUGUUAGCCCAUGUAUCACACUUCAAUCUGGUGAAUUGGUAUGAUCAAAUCUUUGUAGAUGACACCCCCGUCCAUAAAUUUAUCCAAGACCAAAGCUUUACCCCGUCGAUGUCCGAGGAAGUUUGCCGCGAUGGCCUGAUCCUUCAUUCAUUAAUGAAUCAUGCUGACCGCAGAGGGGUACAGCUCGCAGUAAACUCGAGUGGAAACGACAACAUAAUCGACGCCGCCAUCAAAGAACAUCUUGAACUCUUGUCUGUUGAAGGAACAAAAUUCCGUGAUCAUUAUUGCUCCAGUUGUGUCCGACUGGCUUCCGUCGUGGAUCCCAAAACCGGAGAGGAGUACUGUAAAUCAAUACGGGCAGUAGUUACAGACGGCCUGACGAUUGGGCAUUGGCGAUGUAGCGCCUCAACCCAACAGUUGCAAGAGAUCGCCACUCAGUUAGGACUUCCGGCCCCAGAAGGGCCUUGCACAAACAAACUAGAUAACAUCAACGACAGAUUCUGCCCUUAUCAUUAUGGCUUACUCGGCGGUCGCUGCCGAGCCCAGCCCUGUUCCAAGGCCGCUGUAGGGGAUACCGAGACGUGUGGCGACGCUCAACACAUCAAGGUGUGGGCUGAUUUCAAUAAGAAAACCCAAGCGAAUUUUUCCCUCACAGCGCUGCUGAACCGUCCAGGAUCCAACUUGCCUCCCGACCCAACAGUCCAUCUUGACACCAAAACUGGUCAAUUUGCUGACCUGGAAAGUAUCCAGCAAGCCGACGAGUCCCAACGGGCACACGAAAGCGCACGCGAUGGAGGCCAGUCCCAGGCAGCUGGUAAAUAA